AUGGACAGCAAUGUUGCUUCUGAGCCGCUUAACACCACAAUUCUCGAGGUCGUCGACGGCUGGGCCGCCAGAACACCUUCCGGAAUAGCUGCCGAGUUUGAGGGACAGAAAAUCACAUAUGCCGAGUUGCGAAGCGCGUCGCUCCAUGUCAGUCGGGCACUGCUAUCAGCUGGUGUGCAGCCUUGCGAUAGAGUGCCGCUUCUGACGGACAUGUCCCUCGACAUGAUCCCCGCCGUGAUGGGAAUUCUGAGAGUUGGGGCAUGUUUUGCGCCCAUGGAUGUCGCCGCCUGGAGCCGCCCACGCAUCGAGGCGGCCUUGUCAAAGCUCGCUGCGCCCACAGCCCUCGUCACCAGCUACUGUCCUGGACUGCAGCUGCCUGUUGUCACGGUGAACUUCCAGAAGCAAUGGCUGCGUCAACCGCUCGAAGACGCCGACGGACUGUUCGCCAAGCUAGAUGCAAUCCGCAGUGGACUCCGCACCGACCAUCUCGCCUGGAUCAUCUUCACAUCUGGAACUACUGGGAAACCAAAAGGCGUCAUGGUCUAUCACAAAGGUAUCCAGGCACUGGUGCCCGAAUUCCUCGACUACGAUAACCUGAAGGCCGAUGUGGAAGCGCGCGGGGUCCGGUGCUUGCUGGCCGCUUCGGUUGCAUUUGACGGGUGUCAGGCAACUGUUUGGGGUACCCUGAGAAGGGGCCGGACGCUGGUGAUGGCUUCACCGUCCAAUUUUCACGAAGUCGCUGCCACGUGUGAAGUGUGGACCCUAACGCCGUCAAUGCUGGCAGCCUUGGACCCGGCGGGGCCUUACGACCGAGUGCACAUCAUCUUCAUAGGCGCCGAGGCACCUUCACGCGAAGUCUACCAGCACUGGAUUCGUCCUCAGCGCAGGGUGAUCAAUACGUAUGGGCCGUCCGAGACUACAUGCAUCAUCAGUAUGGGAGACCUCAGCCCAGAAGGAGAACCUACCUUUGGUGAGCUGAUGUCCAGCGUCAAGGUCGUGCUUGUAGACGCCGAUCUUCAGGAGGCCAAUGUCGGCGAGGUCAUGAUUUCUGGGCCGGGUCUGGCCGCCGGCUAUCUGAACAACGACGAGCUCACGGCGACUAAAUUUAUCCAGUGGAAGGGGCAACGUUUCUACCGAACGGGGGAUCUUGCACGGAGGCGCAAAGAUGGACAGCUUGUGUUCAUGGGCAGAGCAGAUUCGCUCGUCAAGAACCGCGGCUUCUUGAUCAAUCUGGAGACGGAGGUCGAACCGGCGCUUCUGAGCUUCGAUCCUGUGCGGGUGGCCGUAGCCUUCAAGGCGCAAAACGGGCGGCUCACGGGGUGUGUUCAACCGGCCACUGUGGACGUAGACCAGCUACGCCAGUUUUUGCGAGGACGCUGUGAUCCCUUCGUCAUCCCCGACGAUUUGGUGGCACUGGACAGUUUUCCGCUUAACGUCAAUGGCAAAACAGACCGAAAUGCGCUCAAGGUCCAGCCCGAAUUCAGUGCAACCCAGCAGGACGAGGAUGAUCCCGACGAUGACGACCGCUACCAGAAUGGAUACGAUGCCUUGUGUGCAGGCUUUGCCCAGAUCCUACACGUCCCAUUCAAGCAGCUGGAUAGGGACUCGUCGUUUACCGCACUGGGAGGGCAUUCGCUGGCGGCCAUCCGUCUCUCCAACUUCUUGAAGCAGCACGGACACUCGCUUCUCGCAGUUCAGAUGCUGCGGCUGGACUCGAUCAAGCGACUGGAGGAGGCGAUCAACCAGAACAAAACGCAUAAAAAGGCAAGCAAGGACAAGCUGCCCGACGGGCCUGCGCCCGCAACCGACGUGCAGAAGCUGUUAAUCCGGCGUUCGUUGCAGGACCCAAAAAUAUGUGCGCUCAUCGGCGUGGCCACGCACAUUGGAGACGCUCAAGCCAUGCCAACAGCCAGCGAGCUGCACGAUGCCAUCGUCACGGCCGGCUCAGCGCACCAGAUCUUCCAGACGCGCUUCGAUCUGUCCGACCUGACCCUACACGACCUCGGGCGACUGAACCUCGACUGGAGAGAAGUGAGCGUCCCCAGAGUAGCCGAGUUUGAGGCUGCCUGUGCGGCGUGCGAGGAGCAGGCCUGGCACGAAUUGAGGGAGACGACGCCCGCCGACGUGGAGGUGCCAUACUGUCAGAUCACUUGUGUCUCCGUCCCGCACCGCAAGGCAGUGGCUCUGGUGACGCGCAUGCACCAUAUCUUGACCGAUGUCUUUUCGGCCGCCCUGUUCUGGCGGGACGUAGAGCGCGCGCUGGCGGGCGAGCAAGUCCCGCGCGGACCCCAGAUACAGAACUUUGCACGGUUCAUGCACGCAUACAAGCGAGAGAAUUUAGACCGAGCGCGCAUGACAUUUGAGAAGAUGCUCGGGGACCUGCCAGCGACGGCGGUGCUGCAGCCUCCCUCCCCUAGCACACCACAGCACACACAGCAGAUGCAGCUCGGGUUGGUCCGUCUCAACUCGCCGGCCACUGUGGCCAAGGCCGCGCUCGACGGGGCGGCGCGCAACCAUCGCGUCACCGCUACGACACUGGUCUACGCGGCGUGGUCGCUCUUCCUGAGUAGCAUUACGGCAUGGGACCGCGUGGGGUUUUCUGUUAGCCUCUCGGGGCGUACCGUGCCGUGGCCGGAGGCGCAAUUGGUGCUAGGGUCGUUGGUCAACAGAGCCAUCUUCAGCACUCAUGUUGCACCGAAGGCCACGGUGCGCGAAUGGCUCGCCGAUGUGCACAAGACAACGUUGGAUCUUGUCGAAUUUGAUGGCCUCACACACGGGCUGCCCGAGUCGCUGAUGGCGGACCCGCGCACCAACACCACCAACGUGCUGUGCUUCCUCGACGUGCCCCAGUCCUCGUCCAACUGGAACUACCGCGACCAGCAAGGGCACAACUACCUCAUCGACUGGUACAUAUUUCCGGAUGGCAACGGAGGCGUCAAGACUGAGUUCGAAGUCCAGGCUCAACGCGUUGAUUUGGACUGGGCGAAGGCUGUCGCAGGCGUGCCUGGGCGCUUGCUGGACCAGCUGGCCCAUGCCACGCCUGAGAUACUGGUAGGCCAUUUGCUGAGAUAG